AUGAGGAGUGAGAAUAUCCCAAUCAGUGGCCCGAUGCUGAAAGAGAAAGCUCUUGAGUUUGCCGAAGCGUUGGGUGUCGAGUCAUUUCAAGCUUCGCAGGGGUGGAUGGCUAAAUGGAAAACCAGGUAUGGAGUAUCCUUCAAAACCAUCGCUGGAGAAUCACGGUCCGUCACUGAGGAAAUGACAGCGCCAUGGUCGGAAACAACAUUACCAACCAUUCUCUCCCGCUAUCCUCUGGAAGACAUUUUUAACGCCGACAAAUUUGGGCUUUUCUUUCGAUGCCUUCCCAAUAAAACUUUGCAUAUGAAAGGUGAUAAGUGUUCUGGAGGAAAACACAGCAAAGUUAGACUUACUGGUUUAGGUGCUGGUAAUGCCUUGGGGGAACGAUUGCCAAUGUUUGUAAUCGGCAAGUCCGCCAACCCUCGUUGCUUUAAAGGUGUCAAAACACUACCCUGUCGAUACCGUUCGCAAAAGAACAGUUGGAUGUCUGGAGAGCUGUUCGAAGAGUGGGUACGCGAGCUUGAUCGAAAAUUCUCUGUCUCUAAGCGAAAAAUUGCUUUGAUUAUUGACAAUUGUACCGCACAUCCUCAUGUUGAAAACCUGGAAUGGGUAGAAUUGAUCUUUCUUCCUUCAAAUACCACGUCCCGAACCCAACCUAUGGACCAAGGAAUUAUCCGCGCCCUGAAAGCAAAAUAUCGAUCGCUAGCAGUGCGGAAAUUGAUAAAAGCCUUGGACGAGGAAAAAUCGACUCCGAAGUUCUCGAUUCUUGCAGCUAUGUACAUGCUAAGGAAAGCAUGGGAUGAUGUUUCCAACAAAACAUUCACCAAUUGCUUUCGAAAAUCAGGAAUUUCCCAAAAGGAUGCAGAAAGAGCGAUCAACGAAGAUGACGACCCUUUUAAAAGUUUAACCAGCGAAGUAGAAGAAGACCCAAUUCCAACCCUCGAUGCUGAACUCUCUUACAUAAAACGAAGGUUUCCUGACCACAUUGAUUCUGACUUAUCAACUGAAGAUUUCAUUGAUUUUGACAUUGAAGUCAGUACAUCCCAUGGGCGUCUGAAGACUGCUGACAUCAUUGCUGAGAUCACUGGAACUCAAGACGAAGAAUUAGAAGAGGUCGACGAAGAAGACAAGGAGGAAGAAGAUAAGAUCACAAGACCGACGGCCGAGCAAGUGCGUACAGCUAUCAACGUCCUCGAAGACUUGAGUAUUUUUUCACAUUUUGGAGAAGAAAUGAUAGCUUCCCUGAGGGACUUGAAUCGUAAUAUCGCCAAAGAUUUUGAUAUGAGUUGUAAGCAAACAGUUAUCACCGACUUCUUUUCUAAAUAA